AUGUCUAUUCAAAAUAUUAUCGAAUCCAUUAAAUCCGCUAAUACUAUAGAUUUAUUCAUUUUAAUUUUUGCUACUUGUAUCUCUACCUAUAUCUUUAACUUUUAUUACAAAUACUAUACUCGUCCCAAUCCCCUCCCUGGUCCAUUUCCCUUACCAUAUAUUGGAAACGGUCAUAACUAUAGCGAUGUAAAGAAAUUUUAUGAACAAUGUCAACCAAAAUAUGGUGAUAUUUGUGAAUUGAUGCUUGAUCGCAGAUAUAUCAUUCUUUCACGGCCAGAUCAUAUUAAAAAACUUUUUGCUCCUGCGCAAUUUUUCAUGAGACUUCCAAAUUCUCCAGGUACAGUCGAAUUGGGAAUGUGCAACCAUGGACUUUUCUUCAAUGAAAAUUAUGAAAGUUGGAAUUAUAAUAAAGAGUUCUUUGCUAAGGCAUUAUCAACUAAAUUUAUUGAUGAAUCUAUAAUACCUAUAAAUCAAAUAUACGAAGAAAUGUGUGAAACAGAUUUUUCAGCAUGGUCUCACGGAUUCACUAAUGAUGUUACUUCAAUACUUGCCACUGGGAAACGCACGUAUUCAAUUGCUUCUUACUAUAACGCAGUAAGCACUAACAAAUCCGAAUUUCCUGAUGCGUUAGUUGAAGAUGGAAACAACUUUGUCAAAGCACUCUUAAAAAGAGAAGAACUGAAAUCGAAGAAAUGCCAGAAACAAGAAUGA